ACUUUAUUGCCUCCCAACCUCCCAUCCCUUAGCAGCUAGGUUAUAGUUUUGGAGGAGAUGGUCUUUUGUUUACAUUCUGGUUUCUUAUUUGCAGCUUAUGUUUAUUCAGAGCCAGGGCCAGGUUCAGCUGACCAUUGAGCUCCUGGACACAGAAGAGGAGAACUCGGAUGACCCUGUAGAAGCAGAGCGCUGGUCAGACUAUGUGGAGCGAUACAUGAAUUCUGAUACUACCUCUCCCGAGCUUCGUGAGCACCUGGCACGGAAACCAGUAUUUCUCCCAAGGAAUCUGAGGCGAAUCCGGAAAUGUCAGCGUGGUCGGGAACAGCAGGAAAAGGAAGGGAAGGAAGGAAACAGCAAGAAGACCAUGGAGAAUGUGGAUAGCCUGGAUAAACUGGAGUGUAGAUUCAAGCUGAACUCCUACAAGAUGGUGUACGUGAUCAAGUCAGAGGACUACAUGUACCGGAGAACAGCCUUGCUCCGGGCUCAUCAGUCCCAUGAGCGUGUGAGCAAGCGGCUACAUCAGAGGUUCCAGGCCUGGGUGGACAAAUGGACCAAGGAACACGUGCCCCGUGAGAUGGCAGCAGAGACCAGCAAGUGGCUCAUGGGUGAGGGGCUGGAGGGCCUGGUGCCCUGUACCACCACCUGUGACACAGAGACCCUGCACUUUGUAAGCAUAAACAAGUACCGUGUCAAAUACGGCGCAGCGUUCAAAGCCCCGUAACCACAGAGCAGGAGCAGGUAACUGAGGGGGUGUGUGUGGGGAGUGCGCGCACUCACGCACACUGAAGAAACAAGGAAGAUGCCUUUCAAGCCUCACUGGGCCUCUCUGGGACAUGGCCACCUGAUCAGUGUGUGGCUGGUGCAACCUGGCACCAAGUGGGCUGCAUAGAAGGAACGUGGAUACCAUACAAAGCCGGAGCUGGAACUUUUCCCAAGGGGUUUGGGGUGUUAGCCUGCCCUGGAGGGGAAGGAAAUCCGUGCAAGCACAGAGACGCGCAGCUCGCUUGCACACACCAGCAGAGCUAAGACUGGAGUCUCCUGGGGCCUGACCUUCGAUGAAGGAGCCAGACGCUGUUCACACCUUGACUGGAUGGGCGUGCACUGACAGACUGGGGAAGGACUCACCGCUCAGAUGGAUUGUAACUCUGAUGGUCACUGCUCCUCUCCUCCCCACAAAAGGAAAAAAAACUGGAUUUGAUUUUUUUUUUUCUUUUUCUUUUUCUUCCUGGUCACUCGAGCACAUCUAGAUCACCCAUUAGAUUUUAUCUGGGACCUGCAGUUUGGCUUUGGGAUUGAUCAUCUUGUGGGUUUUUCCUGACGAAUCCCUCGCUGCCCACCCUUUACAUUCUCCUCUGGUUCUCAACCUCAGCAAGUUCAAAUCCGUCGUCCUUUUUAGCUCCCGUGGAACUGUUUUGUACCUGCUUCUUUACUAGUCUACCCUAGUGCCAUCCACCAGCUUUACUCUCUGACACACACACACACACACACACACAAUUUUAACUUGGUUUUUUCUUUUUCUUUUUUUUUGUAAAUAAUGUACAUACUGUCGAUUUUUUAUUAAAAGAAAUAUGCUUUGAUGUGCUAGCAUAACUGCUCUAGCUUCUUGUGUACCAUAGUUCUAUGUGGCUCAGAUUUAGUACCUGUGAACAGAUGUAUAAGACAUUUAUUACACUUUUUACCAAAGGGAGUUACUGUUGUAGUACUUUUGUGUAAAACUUGUCUCCCCCUUGCCCCUACUUUUUUUCUUUUUUCCUUUUGUCCCUUUCAUUUUUUUCCCUUUUUUUCUUUUCUUUUCUUUUCUUCUUCUUCUUUUUUUUGUAAAUAAAUAAAGCUUGGUUCUUACUUAAGGAAUGAACUCUCAA